AUGGCGGAUAUGGAUCAGGCAGCAGGCGAGCAGCAGCAGCAGCAGCAGCAGGAGCAAGAACAGCCAGCACCGUUGGGCGCGCCAUCCCUCUUCCUCCAAAAGAUCCUCGGCAAGAAGGUCCAGGUGCGACUCAGCUCUGGUGUCGACUACCGUGGCAUCCUCAGCUGCCUUGAUGGCUACAUGAACAUCGCGAUGGAGGGCUGCGAAGAGCUGGUAGAUGGACAGGUCAAGCAUACGUAUGGCGAUACAUUCAUCCGCGGCAACAAUGUGCUCUAUAUCGAGAGUGUAUGA